AUGGUCUUUAAUGAGCACGCUGAAGGAGUUCCAAUCGUCCUUGUUCACGGGUUUCUACUCGGAUGGGGAAGUUGGGCUGCAAAUAUUGAUUCACUUACUAGAAAUCAUCCAGUGUACGCGUUUGAUAUUUUAGGGUUUGGCCGGAGUUCACGCCCACCUCAACUACUCCCUUCCGACUGGGUGGAUACGUUAGAACAAUGGAGGCUUUACUUAAAAAUUGAUAAAAUGGUUCUUGUUGGCUUCAGUGUGGGUGGGUACAUAGCAGCAAAAUACACCAUCAAAUAUCCGCACGGCGUGGCCCACCUAAUUCUUGCCGAUCCGUGGGGAUUUGCUCCCAUACCGGAACCCAUUCCAAGCAUUGCCCAGUAUCGGACACCUUUCUGGAUAAAAUAUAUUUCUCUUGGGUCAAAGUAUUUUGACGUUUGGUGGAUGCAUAUUCGACUUCCUGGUCCAAUAAUAGGACUGGAAGUAUUGUCAAGAUCCAUGUAUGCAGAUUUUAUAGGAAAGUAUGUCGUGUUGGGAGUGGGAGGCGUUGACGCCUUUAGGAAAUAUAUGCUCUACUGCAAUGUGGGGUUACCAAUGGGAGAAGCCGCCUAUCGUGAAAUUAUGUCGAGCAUAGUCUACGCUAAAGAGCCGCUCCAUGAUAAGAUGCACCUGAUAAGAAAGGACAUCGGGGUUACCUAUAUUUAUGGCGAGAGCUCGUUCAUGCCACAUUUAGAUUUGGGGGAUAUUUUCAAUGCGAGAGGAUUCGAUGACGGAAUCAAGGUUUAUGAAUUUCCUAAUUCUGGACAUGACGUUUUUUUGGAUAGGCGAGUACACUUUAAUAACCUCGUAAAUGAAAUUGCUGCAAAAAUUAUCAAGUUAUAA